UAGUUAGCUAAACAUAAGUCGCACCUAGGCUCCAGGCCCACGCUGCCGGAACUUAUCGUUAAGCGACUAGCACUAUCCCUAAUCCCCUAGAUGGAUGCAAGCCGUCUAUCGUACGUUUAAUACCCCACAACAUUUCGUCAAGUUUCUUCAGCAAAUUGCCGCCAGCUCUUUGUACCCCUUGGUGGAGAGAGGCGCUGUGAGGGUAAAGUGUCUUGCCUAAGAACACAACACAAUGACCCGAGCCCGGGCUUGAUUUUGAACCACUUGAUCCGGAGUACAACACCAUAGGAUUUUUUCACUGACCACUUCAGUCCCAAACUCGAAUCAUCAGGUUUCCUUGAUACUUUCAAUUGUGGUUAUAAACCUGGACCAUGUUCAAAACCCAGACAGUUUAAGUUUUCUAACUUUUCAUUGAAUUUUUCGUUCUGUCUCUCUAAUUUUUCUCAUGGGAACAGAGUAAGUGUUUAUGGACAACACCCUACAUGGGGUGACAAAGUCUUUGUUUGACCGCUAAUUAGCCGACCUAGCAUGUGUGUACACAGCGAGGUGCUUUGGUAAACAUUAUGUGCGGGUUAUUGCGCCGUGCUCCUUUUGAAGUUCACUUUUUUGGUGUGUCAUGAUUUUGGUUCUUAAGCCUCCGUUAAAUUCAGCCCGAAUGUAACCGAAACGGAGAGAACGGUGUUUAUCCUUGGGAGCAAGGGGGGAAGGGGGGGAGGGGAGGGGAUGUGUGGAUACGGGUACACCUAUAUAAUACACGAUAUUAACUUUGGUCAAUUUGUACGACUCUGAGGUAACCUUAUUCAAGCCAGAGUUAGGGUGGGGGGAAGGGGGGUUUAGCUUUGGAAUAAGGCAGAAAUCCAUGGUCUUUUCCCUAAUCGAGAAAGCCUUGCCUAAUUAUAAAUUGUGUACUUAAGUACGUUUCAACAUGUUUUAAACACCUACCCUGCCACAUUUAAUAAAACGCCAGAGUAUUCUAGUCGGUUGUUUCAAGUACUCAUUAACGACAGCAAAGGCGUCACUGAUAUUAAUUCAGUAGUGUGACUGGAACAAUAUCUGGUGUUUUGUUAAUGCUAAAUGAGACCUCACAGGACACAGCCUAGUGGGUUCUAUUUGUCACGCAUCCCUUGUUAGUCAAAAAGAUUCGGGUUUAGAGGGCCAAAAUACAAAACUUAGUCCAAAUAGCAUUGUCGUUGGCUAGUCAAAUCGUGACAGUUUCAGCUACCGUGAUGUUGUCCCUCAAGCCGACAGUGACGUACAAGGAAAAAAGCUUCGAAAACUGUAGUACAAUAUCAACCACACGGGCGCGCACUCUCGAUCUCCAGUCCGACUAGUGACGUCAUGAAGUCUCUUCCUUGUAUUUCCUGGCUUCAUAUUUCCUUUGCCUGAAUAUUCCAACCGCAAGGCUGCCUCUUUGUCUAAUCCAAGUCGGUAUCGUUUUACCUUUUUUCCUUUCCACACCUUUACUCAUGCCCACACAUUUAUCAAAAUUUCCUACCAUCAUUGCCUUUUGAAAGCGAUUUUUUUUAAUUUGGCCUCAUUUUCUCUUGGUUGAAAAUGAAGGUCGAAAUCCGUGAGGUUUCGAGCCGUAGAAAUUUUCACUUUUGUCCGCUGUUUUCGUUUUUUAGAAUAUAGCAUUUGAAUCUCAUUUCGUAUGAUCAGAGUGAUGUCAUAUACUUAGAUAUCAUCAUAACAAAAAAAGAAACUUGUAAUGAUGUAAUUGUCAACAAAUGGGAAAGAAGAUGAGAUUCGCCUGGCCCUAACAUGACAGUGUAACUCUUGGCGUGAUUUCAAUCUGAUAGUCACGAGGCACCAGUGGCAGACGAUGGCGCUAUAAGGACUCUAUAAGAUGGCUCCAGACAGCUCCAGAGCGAAAAUCCCCAAACUGAAAAGGAAGGCAUAAGUCGAAGAAUCGAUCACUUCUGAUGACAGAUUAAUCCCAUUUAUCAGUUAACACACUGAAAAGUCUUAUUUACCCUCUUGAAAAAUAAAAGAAGUAACGCCGUAAUACAAUUAACCCGUCAUUUGACAUGUCAAGGAAAAUAAAGAACUGUACACUGUGUUAAAGAACUGUACACUGUGUGACCAAAUCACACGAUUCUGCAAUACAACCGUCAUUUCCGCUUGUUCCAUUUCCGGUCUACGAAAAGGAAUACCCGCUGUUUCCGGUUGCUGGGUCGCGAAUGAUCGUGUCUUUUUUGAAUGCUACAAGAUAGAACGGUUCCUGUUGUAAGACGUCCAAGGCCAAACGAUCUCUCGGACAACAAAAUCAGCACUCAUCUAUGCAUCAUUAAUAAGUCUUGUUUUGACGUGAAUACCUGACAUUUUUAUAAACGGCAGUGGUCUCUUAGCGCUGACGAACAGAAGUAGAAACUGGACUGGCUUUCCUCUGGAAACAGAUAAGUUCUAAUUUCGUCUGAGAUCGACUUUUGUUUUCGACGAAACAAUAGAAUCGAUUGAUGUUUUUGUCGUCGGCUAUUCUUUGGAACGAACGACUCUAACGCUAUUCAAAUUAGGAUAUUAUUCCAAACCUUUUAUCGCCACAAAACAACUGAAUAAAUUGUAGCUAAUUGUGUUGAGUCAAUAUACGCCAAGCUAUCGCACGACUAUAAAUAGAUUGGUUGUGCUUUUGGAGUGUUUAUUAGCUGGAAUUUUUGUCCUGAUAUUUCCUGUUGGCAAUUUUCUCGAGAGAAUUAACAGGGUUUGCGGUGCAUGAAAUUGAGCAGAAAAGAAAACAUCGUGUCACCCUAGCUGUCAUAAACAAUAUUUAAUAUUCUCGUCUGUGGGAAUUAUUUAACAGGCAAAUCGGAAUUGCUAUUUCACAUGCAACAAUCGAAAUGAACAUCGCUGAGUGGUCGUCUUGAAAGAUCAGUUCCAUCGAACAGGUUUAAAACUACGAUGAUGGAGUAACGACGCAACAGAGCAAGGAUCGCCGUAGAUCUAAAGAACAAGGUAUUAUGGUGAUUUGAACAAAUUUUCAAGAGGGUUACCGGAAAUCAGACAGUACCAACGAUGAUUUCAGCGACGCAAGAAGUCGCGGUCACUGUAACUCCUCGAAACAGGGCCAACUUUCGAAGGCUCAAAACUAACAGCAUACAAAGUGUAAAGCGAUGGGAAAAAGAGAACGAGCUCCUUUACGCCAUGAUGGAGGACGAAAGCGAGUGGUUAGCCAAGUUAUUUCCCGACGUGGUUAUCUCUCCGGAGUUUUUCUUCUACGCUUUAGAAGAUGGAUCGUUACUCUGUCGACUUGCGAACUACAUACAAGAGAAAGCGGAGUUGUACUCUCGGGAGCAAAACGUUCCCGUGCCUGGGAGGAAAUUUCGCUAUCACACCAUGAGUAAGUGUGGUAGAGAGAUCAAACUAUUUCGCUCCCGGGAAAAUGUGCAACAGUUUCUCACAUGGUGUCGAAGUCACGGUAUUCCCGAAGCCAUACUGUUCGAAUCGAACGAUGUGGUGGAGGUUGAUGAUUACAGAGAGGGCUGCAGAGGUGUAAUCAUUUGCCUAAUGGAGAUUGUUAGAAGGACAUCAAAGUUUGAUCUCGAUGAGCUGCCGCAGUUAAUUCAAAUGGAGAAAGAAAUCGAAGAGGACGAGGCACACAGUGAUAUGGAAUUAACUAACGGACAAGGGCAAGUGUUGGACGUGGAGAAAAUAAACAACAUGACUGAAAUUGACAACCUUGAAGUUCAGCAAACAGAUCAGCCAGAAAUUCAAAGCCCUAGCUCACUGGACUCAGAUUCUGGGGUUGACUCCGUGUUUGAUCAAGAAGAAGGGGAAAAUUCGGCUUCCCGCCUUACGGAAUUUUCUGUGGAAGAACCCGAGGAAAUAAAGAAAACCACAGCCGUGACAAGAAAACAAACUCCACCGAAACCAAAAGAUCAAAAAAGUACUCCAAAGACUCGGCCAAAGACAAAAGAACUGCCUUCUCUACUGGAGAGCACGGAACCAAAAUCCGAAUUAGAUAAACAGGUAAGUUGUUACGCCUAUUUUUCGUUAAAUUUCAUGUUAACAAAAUUUGAAGUACUUCUAAUUAACGAUGCCAUGGAUGAAACUUCAAGAAAGUGUUUGCAGAAUAUUCAGCACAGUUUAUUUAGUUUUGAACAAAUUUUCAAGAGGGUUACCGGAAAUCAGACAGUACCAACGAUGAUUUCAGCGACGCAAGAAGUCGCGGUCACUGUAACUCCUCGAAACAGGGCCAACUUUCGAAGGCUCAAAACUAACAGCAUACAAAGUGUAAAGCGAUGGGAAAAAGAGAACGAGCUCCUUUACGCCAUGAUGGAGGACGAAAGCGAGUGGUUAGCCAAGUUAUUUCCCGACGUGGUUAUCUCUCCGGAGUUUUUCUUCUACGCUUUAGAAGAUGGAUCGUUACUCUGUCGACUUGCGAACUACAUACAAGAGAAAGCGGAGUUGUACUCUCGGGAGCAAAACGUUCCCGUGCCUGGGAGGAAAUUUCGCUAUCACACCAUGAGUAAGUGUGGUAGAGAGAUCAAACUAUUUCGCUCCCGGGAAAAUGUGCAACAGUUUCUCACAUGGUGUCGAAGUCACGGUAUUCCCGAAGCCAUACUGUUCGAAUCGAACGAUGUGGUGGAGGUUGAUGAUUACAGAGAGGGCUGCAGAGGUGUAAUCAUUUGCCUAAUGGAGAUUGUUAGAAGGACAUCAAAGUUUGAUCUCGAUGAGCUGCCGCAGUUAAUUCAAAUGGAGAAAGAAAUCGAAGAGGACGAGGCACACAGUGAUAUGGAAUUAACUAACGGACAAGGGCAAGUGUUGGACGUGGAGAAAAUAAACAACAUGACUGAAAUUGACAACCUUGAAGUUCAGCAAACAGAUCAGCCAGAAAUUCAAAGCCCUAGCUCACUGGACUCAGAUUCUGGGGUUGACUCCGUGUUUGAUCAAGAAGAAGGGGAAAAUUCGGCUUCCCGCCUUACGGAAUUUUCUGUGGAAGAACCCGAGGAAAUAAAGAAAACCACAGCCGUGACAAGAAAACAAACUCCACCGAAACCAAAAGAUCAAAAAAGUACUCCAAAGACUCGGCCAAAGACAAAAGAACUGCCUUCUCUACUGGAGAGCACGGAACCAAAAUCCGAAUUAGAUAAACAGGUGUGCAAGAUUGCUCAAGACUACAACAUAAAGAUUGUUCAUCGUCUAAAAGAAGGGAAAUACAUAAUUCUUGGUCGAGUCAUGUUUGUUAGGAUGCUGAAUGAUCACAUGUUGGUACGUAUUGGUGGAGGAUGGGACACAUUGGAGCAUUACCUCAUGACCCAUGUACCCUCUAAACAAGGUACCUGAGCCAAAUAAAAUCAUAAUAUUUAUUAAUCUUGAAUUUAUUUUUCGCAAAUAUUGCCACUGAUUAUAAUUAGGUCAAUCUUUCCUUGAGAGCAAGUGACUCUCCGUUGAAAAUUCAAUAUAGGUCUUGAACUCAACUGAACAAAAAAAAAUCAUUUUUCUCACAAAAAAAUUGCACGUAUAUAUGGUUGGAUUACCCCAUAAACAGAGUUUCCACCUCGGAACUCUGCUCACAGGCUGUGAAUGAAGGGGGUGGGCGAGAAUCGCCAUGAAAUAAAUACGUUGUGGGAGCCACAUUUUUUCGUUUUAAUUUUAUACUUUAACGCUUACUAUACGAACAUCUCUAAUUAGUUAGGAAUCAUUACUUAACACAAGUGCAAUCAAUAACCUGCUCUUCAUCUAAAGCUUAUAUUAUGAAGCAGAAAAUUGUUCCGAUGCUGCUCAUCACAGUGAAUUUCCAAAUGGAUUUUAAUGUUUUUUUUUUCUUUUUUGCUCGCUUGAAGUGAACAGAAACGGGUGCGACAAUAUCUCGACUUUUGUGUGAUCAAUCCGAUCGUUCAGAAAAUCAAUACAAUUUGUAUAGUGCCAGGCACAGUACAUUGUACUUGCAUGAUUUGGCUGACUCAUUUUUUAUCGAUAUUGAACAUGGAUUAAAAUAUAAUGCACAGCGUCACAGAAGAAAAAAAUUAGAAUUUGCAGUUCUCUUUACCUCAGCAACUUUUAUAAACAGAAUGACAGGUGACGAAGUUAUGUAGCCUAACUUACCUUCUUUUAGUUCUUUCCAUCAAAGAUCGAAACAGCGUGGGAAUAUAUCUUUCCAGACCCACAGCGACGCGUUUGGAAGAAAAAUGCAACAGUAGAACUUCCACGAUGUCUGCUAGCGAAGGAGAAAAAGUUGGAAGUUAAAUAUGUUUUUUUAAGCUCUAAAACUUGGCUGGCAAGCUUCCGAUGAAAAUAUUGUAAUUUGCAUACAGCUGAUCUGGACAUUAUUUUGACAGCUUUUGUCAUUCUGAUGUUUUGAUUGGUCGAAAUCCACAACACGCCCUUGGGCUAUCAAUAUUUCUUCUUUGACUCGCCCAAGAUUGUUUCGACUAGAUCGAUCGUAAUAAGAGAAGUUCUGUUUUAUUUGCGAGGUUGUAUAUCGGUUGGAGUCGUCUGACUCUCGGUUUCUUCAUCUUUCUGCCGCAUGGUUCCUGACCAGUCUUUCUCAGUACAUCAUCCUUGAAGGUAAAACAUUAUUAGUCAAGAUUUUUUUUUGUUUUCUUUACGCUUUAUUAAUCGGCGCUCUCCGUCUCAGAUGUUUUUCAUGUCAGGGAUUUUCGCUGAGGUAAACGAAGCUGAAAUGUUGUGAAAGAUUAAGUCAGAUAGUUAAGUUUCUCUGUGGUUGGGUUGGACCUCGUAUAGAGGAACGUUGAUUGAUUUUAUAAUUCUUU